UUACGCGAAGAGACCAAUGAAUAUCGUCAAUGGAUCAAUCAAGCAACCGGAUCCAGGAUUGAAGCGCUUAAUGAACUAGAGGAAGCCAGUAGAACAGCUAGCGAGGCACAAGCUUCAAUACGCCAGCGUUUGGAAUCAAUACGCGGGUUGCUUACUCGAAUCGCGGAGAUAGUCAGUCAGCUGACUGAAAAAUUAGACUGCAACACGUACCCGCGUCUUUUUAUAUCCAUAUCCCAGCGUUCUUCAUUCAUCCACUUUCUUGUUUGUACCUUUUACUGUUCUAAUAGUGAUAUCUUUACUCUAUCCUAA